UGAGAGUAACAGACACACAGACAGUACACUCGCUGCGCAUGCGCGCCGAGGGUAAAAUUACGUCCCUCCCUCCUCUUCCUCCAGUUCUACGUGACUGCAGCAGUGAGGCUGAGUCAACUGGUGACCCAGUGCCAGCUGCCUGAGGCCGACUCUAUCUUCCUCCUCCACCACCUCUCCCUCACUCUCCACUCCGCCUCUUCUGACCACCCUGAGCAAGUCAACUACGUGAUCACAAUCAUCGGCUGUAUAAUUGCUGAGCAUGGCCACGCCCUCUCACUAAGUGAUCGUCUCCCAGGGUUACCUGAACCAAGUUCUCCGACCUUCUCGACCUCUUUCCUCUCUUUCUCCUCCACACAGCAAUGGCUCUCCUUUGUUAAUGAUGACUUGCAGGAGAGGGUGGUGGGCUACCAGGCAGUCCUGUUCUCGUGGCUGGAGACUGUGAGCCAGAGAGAGAGGGAGUGUCAGGAGGAGUGCACCAGAGACAAGAAACUGAGACAGGAACUUGUUUUUCAACAUGAACAUUCCUACCAGGAAGAUAUCCUGACUCCAUUCUUUGCUCUGAGAGAUGCAGAGUUAGAGAGGCAGCGUAGUCAUGACAACCAGCAGCACAGUGACCUCUUGGCCUCUCUCCAGAGGUGGAGAGGAGUUCUGCGCUUCUUCACCGGGGAGAGGGGGGCGUGGUCUAGCAGGUCCCCAGAGCAGUUUCUAUGGCGACUGAACAGAAGUGAGAAUUUCUCAAGAAUGAGGCUAAAGCUGUCACGAGACUACACGGCUGGUCGCCAUAGAGAUGCCAGUCGUCUGAGGGAUCUGGGCUCUGUUCCAGACCUGCAGCUGGUCUCGGAACCGGACACAGCUCUCCUCUCCCUCAUCAAGGUCUCCUCAAGGUCACAGACGCUGGACGAGGAAGAGGUUCUGGAGCAGUUAGCGGGGGUUGAGGGGGGGGCCCCUGGAAUAAUCACCCCCGAAACUGCCCCCCAGCAGGGUGUGGAGGUGGUGGUGAGGAGAGAGAUGUGUGAUCUGGUACAGUUCAUGGACAGGGUCCCCGGACAGCUAGAGAUUACCACCCACCACCUCUUCUUCCUUGCCUCCGAGAGACGAGACGGACACAGCUGGGUGACUGGGAAUUUCAAGGUGCGGCUGGACCAGCUGCGGGAGAUCCACUCCCGGAGGUUCAACAUGCAGCGGACAGCCAUUGAGAUAUUCCUCACUGACCAGACCAACUACUUCAUCAACUUCUCCAGCAGUAAGGUUGUCACGAAGGUCUACAACAGCAUCGCCAGUCUGCGCACCCCGAACCUGACCCGGGUUGGCAUCCGCAAACCGGCCAGACUCCUGCAGAGUUCAGGACUCACCCAGCGAUGGGUGAAGAGAGAGAUAUCCAACUUCGAUUACCUCAUGCACCUUAAUAACAUCGCCGGUCGGACUUACAACGACCUCAACCAAUACCCAGUUUUUCCAUGGGUACUGGUGGACUUUGAGAGCGAGGAGUUGGAUCUUACUGAUCCUGGUGUGUUUCGAGAUUUCACUAAACCUGUCGGCUCGCAGAACCCCGUCAUCGAACAGACUGUGAGGGAGAGGUACAAGGAGUUUGACGACCCGACGAUGGGCAAGUUCCACUUUGGUUCCCACUACAGUAACGCAGCUGGAGUUCUGCAUUACCUCAUUCGUCUGGAGCCCUUCACCUCCCUCCAUAUUGACCUGCAGAGUGGCAGGUUCGACCACGCUGACAGGCAGUUUUUCUCCAUCGCCAGCUCCUGGAGCACAAUCUACAACACAGGGACUGACGUGAAGGAGCUCAUUCCUGAGUUCUUCUAUCUGCCUGACUUUCUCAAGAACAUCAACGACUACGACCUCGGGAAGCUGCAGUCGGGAGACAGACUGGGAGAUGUCAUUCUCCCAAAGUGGGCAGCUACUCCUGAGGACUUCAUCGCCACUCACAGAGGAGCUCUGGAGUGUGACUACGUGUCAAGUCAACUACACCACUGGAUCGACCUUGUCUUUGGAUACAAACAGACUGGGCCCGAGGCCGAGAAAGCCACUAACGUCUUCAACUACUAUUCUUAUGAAGACAACGUGAACCUGGAGAAGAUAGAGGAUGAGGGAGAGAGACGACAAAUUGAGUCAAUCAUCAACAACUUUGGUCAGACCCCGACACAGCUGUUCACGGAGCCACACCCCCAGAGGAUGACAUCACUGGAGGCAUGGCGGAGCGUUGUCAGGGGAUACGGGAAGAAAUCCAGUUGCAAUCUCCUAGAGCACCUCGACAAUGUCAAGACACACUGCGUGGACGUGUCUGGUGAGGAAGACCCUGUCGUUUUUGUAGGGACGCCCACCAUUCAGACAAGAGCACUUAUUGCCAGCGGCAACCCUGAGCAACUGGUGACAGUGACAAUAAGUGGUCGUCUCAACAUCCACGGCUGGCUUCCUUUCUCCAGCACCAAGUCACGACCUUUCACCUUUCAGUUUGACUCCAACGCCCACUUUGACAGGAGCAGGUGGCAGACUGUGGCUGGUCCGUUCUCCCAGGACCUCCCUGUCUCCCAUAACCUCUUCAUCCUCUCCCCCAACAACAAACUCCUGGUGACCUGCGGACAUUGGGACAACAGUUUCAGAGUAUUCUCCAUCGAGAGGAGCAAGCUGCUGGCCAGGAUCGAACACCAUGAGGAUUGGUGCUGUGCACUGGCUCUGGACAGGCCCCGGUGGGGACUGGACGAGACCAUCUCAUUACGGAUCACGUGACACACCACCUGUGUCGUGUGAGAGGCGUUUGCUCAACGGAGUGUACGACAUCAUUAACAGACAUUGUAAGUCACGACAGUGAGGCUACGUAUGUGUUGAGAGGAGAGGAAAAGAUGGAUUGUUCCUCUGGUGGGCAGGCACGGGACACUGGGCAAACUCAUCCACACCGUCCGGAGACAUAGCGGCCACUACAUGCACACUCUCCUGUGCGAGCUCUGCUCGCAAGACGAGACACAACUGUGUCGUCCGCCACGGCGUCCUCAUCUCACCUCGGCAGACUCCACAUCGUCGACACCGAGGACAAACUCAAACUCGCCAGGUCAAACGAUAUCCUCAGUGCCAAGCUGAGGCCUCCAUGUCCUCCAUCUCAUACUCUACUACUCCGUCACGUACAGCGCUUAUCACAGAGAAAGAUCUCAGCGAAUGUCUCAAUGCCACGUGGUCGUGUCACUGCUUGAGAAUUUCAUUAUCACUCGGUAACGCCAUGCCUCACAUUACCGGACCUCUUCACAC